AUGUCAGAAAAAGAUCCUCAAGAAUUAUUAGAAACACUUUCGAAACAUGAAUUGGAAGAUCAGUUAAAAGAACAAUUAGAACAUCAACUAAAAGUAUUUCAUGAGGAAGAAAUAAUUAGCAAUGAUUCUUCAUAUGAGGAAAGUGUACUAAAGGAUUUUUCUGAUCUAGAAAUACCAAAUUCAGAUAAUAUACUUUUUAAUGAAUAUCUUCCUACUUUAUCUCCAUUUACAGCUACUACAGAAAUAGGAACUAAAAAUGUUGAAAAUGAUGUUGGCAAUACAUCGGAUUAUGUCAAUACAUUGGAAGAACGAAAUAAUAUUGGGAAAGGGGAUAAAAUAAAUGAAAUAGAAGACAUUGAUAUAUUGCGAGAAAUGUUACCUGAUUUACAAUAUCAUUCAGAACGAAUUAUUCAACUUCUUAUUCCUAAGACAUCUUUUAUUGCGCAUGUCAAACAGGCAACUACAAAGGGUACUAAAAUCUAUAAAAAAAAGGAAUUUCUUUUACAAACGUUAAAAUUAAUAGCUCUAGAAUAUACAAAGUCAUCUUAUAUCGAUAUAUCACCCUUUUCACACUAUCUACCAAAUAAUGAAAUUUAUAUAUUAUUUCUUGCAAAUGCAGCAUUACUUUUAUCUGAAUUAUAUGGUUCAUUUUCUAUCCCUCCUACUCUUGAAGACUUAAAAAAGAGACAUAAUUCACUUUGUGAAAUUGAUCAUUGGUUUCCUUUUAUCUUCAAUAUUACUUUCUGGCAAGCAUACAUGCAAAUUAUUGAAUUACGAACACAAUUAUUUAUAUAUGCAAUAUGGCUUAAUAGGGUUUCAGAUGAUGAUAUAGGAAGUAUUCAAUUUAAAGAAGACAAUGAAUUAAAAAGAUGUUUUAUGGAUGAAAAUGGACGAUUUAAAAGAUGGGAAGAAGGAGGAAAAGAAUACAAUGAUGCCUGUGCACAAAGAAUUAAAAAAAUACAGAAUAUUAGACGGCUACCCACUUCUUUAGAAACAUUGAUUCAAACAUUUCCUUGGUAUCACUUUAUUAAACUAAUGAUAGAAUUUAUACAAAGAAACAUAUUAAAUAUUUCGAAUAAAUCAGAAAUUGCGGACAAAUCAAAUACACAAGCGUAUCAAAACAAAAAAACAUCUAAUAUUAUUCCCCUUAAUCAGAGUUUUUCAAUGGAUUUUCAAAAAAAUAAUUUUAUCUCUCCAUUAGAGCAGAAUAAAGAAUAUUCUUUUAAUUCUGAAAACGAAGGAGAAAUUUCAGCAAGUGAUAUAAAACAUCUUAGUCAAAUAGUUUUGGAUAUCGAUAACAAUGAUAAUACCAAAAAAACACAAAAGAGUGACAAUAAAAACAAAAAACAUAAAAAAAGUUUCUUUGAUAAACAAAGUGAUUAUCGAAAAAUCAUAUGGGAUUCACAGAACGAAAACUCUGAAUCGAUAGAUAAUUCUUUAAUUCAUAAUAUACUUGAUAAACCAGCUACAUCCAUUAAAGAAAACAUCUCCUACAACGAGAAAAAAAGAAAAUAUGAUGAACAAAAUGAAUCCAAUUCAGUCGAACAUGAAAACUUAUCAAAUACAACAUAUUCUAAGAAUAUUUUAAGGACAGAUACAAUUCUUUCUAAUACAUUAUCCAAUUCAUCUUCUCAUUCAGAGCUAUCUAAUUUACCUCCUAGUUCACCUCCUGUCAUACCUUCUGCUUCUGCGCAAGCUGCCAUGGAGCUUUAUAAAAAAUCACUUACUAUUCAACGUUUAGGUUCAACUUUAUCUACAGAUGAAAAUAAUUUAGAACCUUUCGAUGAUACAAAACAUAUUAAAGAAAAAUCAAAUACAGAUCAAUAUAAAGAAUAUAUAGCUGUUAAACAACAUCUUCGGAUCAAUAGAUUUCGUAAAAAAGAAUAUAAACCUCAACAUAGAGUUCCCUGGUCAGAAACUGAAACCAAUUGUUUAAUCAAAGCUAUACAAGAAUAUGGAUCUCAGUGGUCUUUUAUAUUAUCACUUUAUGGGCCUAAUGGAACAUUAAGUCAAGAUUUAGCCGAAAGAGGCCAAGUUCAGCUUAAAGAUAAAGCUAGAAAUAUUAAAGAAGAAUAUAUUAGGGCUCGAUGGAAACUUCCACCUGGUUUUGAAACAGUUACAUGCAAAUAUGAUUAAAUAUAAAUACAACAUUCUGAAAAGUAUUUAUUCUUCAAAAAUA